AGAAGAAAAUGGGAAGGAGGUAUUUCUGUGAAUAUUGCAAUCGCGCAUUUGCAGACACCUUACCAACAAGAAAGAGGCAUCUCAAGUCAAUACAACACCAACGGCUUAGAAAAUUACAUUAUGAUUCUUUCAAAGAUGCAGCAACUCUUUUAGCUGAAGAAGCUCUGAAAAAGCCAUGCAAAAAUUUUUUUCAAUAUGGAAAUUGCAAAUUUGGUGAUGGUUGCCAGUUUUCACAUGUAAAUCCAGAGUUCUUGAAAGCACAUACACCAAGUCAAAACCAAAGAGAAGUAAGAAACUUUGAUGUUGAGAUAUGGCUUUCUGAAUGGCGAAAAAAGCACCCGGAAAGAGAAACAAAGGCCUCAAAUACGUUUGUCAAGUACUGGCUUCCACGGGGAUUCCCGCCACAGAGUCAGUUGCCACCCUCACUUUGCCCACCUCCACCUGGAGCAAAUGAAAGAAGGAGGGCUGCUGAAUGGGGUGUCUAACUGUCAUUACUGUCCUUGAGAUACCAGGUUGUGUUACUGGCUAUUUAGAGGACAUCUUGUGUCAAAUACCUCUUGGUGUUUUUGAAGAGGGCAAUACUUGAGACGAAUAAUUGCCCAGAUUCAUUACGUCCAGAGACUUACUGAGACUUCAUCAAAGCUAUGGUAGAGCAUCAAUUUGUGCAGACAUUCGACUUUGCAGCUUUUACUUUCAAGAAAUUCGAGUAUUUCUCCAGUUGGCCGUGCUCCUUAUUUGAUCAAAACAUUGUAAAAAGCAGAACACGUCUGGUAUAUCCGCUUUGUUGAUAAAGUCAGCUUUUAACAAUAAUCAAGCUAUUUUUUGUCUAUGUAUUUGUCUAUGAGUUUACAAGAUCCUGGGUUUCUGCUGUUCUGCUUUCAAAUGACAAUUAGGAAAUGUGACAAUCAGAAGGCAGUAUGUAAAGCGAAUGAAGACACCAGGACUGAAAUGAAUAAUGAUUGUAAGAGGCUAAAUCAUGCUUAAAAUGAAAAAUUUUAUUCCAUGUAAAACGUGAAAAUAAAACUUAAUGUCUUAAUUGUA